AGCCUUUCCACGCGGGACUCCGGGGCGCGACGAGGGCGGUGUAAGCAGGAAAACAGAUGACUCUCUUUCCCUGAAAUUCCUUCUGUGAAAUGACAGGUGGACCCGGCAGCCAUCUGCCGUCUGGAGGGCCGCUCUGGGCAUGGACACCCUUUUCCCUACCUGGAGGAUCACAGGUGGUAGUGUCGUCAUCCACUCACGAAACUGCUAAGGUCAUCUCAGGGGCGUGUGCGCCAGGAUAGUAGGGCGGCGUCCGAGGGCCACAGAGCCAUGCCUUUCGGUCUGAAGCUCCGCCGGACUCGGCGCUACAACGUCCUGAGCAAGAACUGCUUCGUCACUCGUAUCCGCUUGCUGGACAGCAAUGUCAUCGAGUGCACAUUGUCGGUGGAAAGCACGGGGCAGGAGUGUCUGGAGGCUGUGGCCCAGAGGCUGGAGUUGCGGGAGACACACUACUUUGGCCUUUGGUUUCUCAGCAAGAGCCAGCAAGCACGAUGGGUGGAGCUGGAGAAACCUCUGAAGAAACAUCUGGACAAAUUCGCUAAUGAGCCUCUGCUUUUCUUCGGAGUCAUGUUCUAUGUGCCAAAUGUGUCAUGGCUUCAGCAGGAGGCCACACGAUACCAGUAUUACCUGCAAGUCAAAAAAGACGUGCUGGAAGGGCGAUUACGGUGUACAUUGGAACAAGUGAUUCGCCUAGCUGGCUUAGCUGUGCAAGCUGAUUUUGGAGACUAUAAUCAGUUCGAUUCUCAAGAUUUCCUCAGAGAGUAUGUGCUAUUUCCUAUGGAUUUGGCCUUAGAAGAGGCUGUUCUGGAGGAGCUGACCCAGAAGGUAGCCCAAGAACACAAAGCUCACAGUGGAAUCUUGCCAGCAGAAGCCGAGCUUAUGUACAUCAAUGAAGUGGAACAUUUGGAUGGAUUUGGACAGGAAAUCUUCCCCAUGAAGGACAAUCACGGAAACAGUGUGCACCUUGGCAUUUUCUUUAUGGGGAUUUUCGUGAGAAACAGAAUUGGAAGACAAGCAGUAAUAUACAGGUGGAAUGACAUCGGGAAUAUCACCCAUAACAAGUCCGCCAUUCUAGUCGAGCUCAUCAACAAAGAAGAGACUGCCCUCUUCCACACGGAUGAUAUCGAAAAUGCCAAGUAUAUUUCUCGGUUAUUUGUUACACGGCACAAGUUUUACAAACAAAACAAAAUCUGCACAGAGCAGUCAAAUUCUCCACCUCCCAUCAGACGCCAGCCUACCUGGAGCCGGUCCUCUCUGCCCAGGCAGCAGCCGUACAUCUUGCCUCCUGUGCAUGGCCAGUGUGGGGAGCACUACUCGGAAACACACACUUCGCAAGAUAGCAUUUUCCACGGGAAUGAAGAAGCCUUGUAUUGCAACUCUCACAACAGCCUGGACUUGAACUAUGUAAACGGCACUGUCACCAACGGCAGUGUGUGCAGUGUUCACAGCGUCAACUCCCUCAGCUGCUCACAGAGUUUCAUCCAGGCUUCCCCGGUGUCCUCCAACCUCAGCAUCCCUGGGAGCGACAUCAUGCGGGCUGACUACAUCCCCAGCCACCGGCACAGUGCCAUCAUCGUGCCCUCUUACAGGCCGACCCCUGAUUAUGAGACAGUCAUGCGGCAAAUGAAGAGGGGGAUGGUGCACACGGACAGCCAGAGCCAGUCUCUGCGCAACCUCAACAUUCUCAACACCCAUGCCUACAACCAGCCGGAGGACCUGGUGUACAGCCAGCCCGAGAUGCGGGAGAAACACCCCUACACCAUCGCUUAUGGGCCACAGGGGGGCUAUGGUAACAAACUGGUCGGUCCCUCUGACCACAUGAACCCAAAGAGUAUUGUGGUGCCCAGCAAGCCGGGGGCCAGUGCCAUCUCCCACACAGUGAGCACCCCGGAGCUGGCCAACAUGCAGCUGCAAGGCAGCCAUCCCUACAGCACAGCCCACAUGCUCAAGAACUAUCUCUUCAGGCCGCCGCCCCCCUACCCGAGGCCGCGCCCCGCCACCAGCACCCCAGACCUGGCCAGCCACCGCCACAAGUACGUCAGUGGCAGCAGCCCGGACCUGGUGACCAGGAAGGUGCAGCUGUCUGUGAAGACCUUCCAAGAGGACAGCUCUCCCGUGGUCCAUCAGUCCCUCCAGGAGGUGAGCGAGCCCCUCACGGCCACCAAGCACCACGGCUCGGUGAACAAGCGCCACAGCCUGGAGGUGAUGAACAGCAUGGUGCGCGGCAUGGAAGCCAUGGCGCUCAAGUCGCUGCACCUCCCCUUGGCGCGCCGCGGCACGCUCCGGGAGCAGGGCCCGCCCGCCGAGGCCCCCCAGCUCCCGCAGUUCCACCACAAGAAGACCUUCUCCGACGCCACCAUGCUGAUCCACAGCAGUGAGAGUGAGGAGGACGAGGAGGCCCCCGAGCCCGUGCCCCCGAUCCCCGCGCUCCGCGACAAGAUGGAGUACAGCGCCCAGCUGCAGGCGGCCCUGGCCCGCAUCCCCAACAAGCCCCCGCCCGAGUACCCGGGGCCCAGGAAGAGCGUGAGCAACGGGGCGCUGCGGCCGGACCCGCCCAGCCUGCCGCCCGCCGCCGCCCGGGCCAGGGCGCUGAGGCACGGGCCCGCCAAGGCCGUCAGCGCCGCACGGCCCGACCCGCCCGCCGGCAGCGGGGCCGCUCUCGGCCCGUCCAUCUCGGAGCCCGACCUGACCAGCGUGAAGGAGCGGGUCAAAAAGGAGCCGGUGAAGGAGAGACCCGUGUCCGAAAUGUUUUCCCUGGAGGACAGCAUUAUAGAGAGAGAGAUGAUGAUCAGGAAUCUAGAGAAGCAGAAGAUGGCAGGCCUGGAGGCACAGAAGAGGCCGCUGAUGCUGGCAGCACUGAAUGGGCUCUCGGUGGCUCGGGUCUCAGGGAGAGAUGAGAGUCGAGUUGAUGCCACCUGCGUUCCCAUGGACGAGAGGUUCAGAACCCUGAAGAAGAAGCUAGAAGAAGGAAUGGUGUUCACAGAAUAUGAGCAAAUCCCAAAGAAAAAGGCAAAUGGCGUUUUCAGCACUGCAGCUCUGCCAGAAAAUGCUGAGCGCAGCCGAAUCCGGGAAGUUGUCCCCUAUGAGGAAAAUCGAGUGGAGCUGAUUCCAACCAAAGAAAACAACACCGGAUACAUCAAUGCCUCCCACAUCAAGGUGGUGGUUGGUGGGGCAGAAUGGCACUAUAUAGCCACCCAGGGGCCCUUGCCACACACAUGCCAUGACUUCUGGCAGAUGGUAUGGGAGCAGGGAGUGAAUGUGAUUGCCAUGGUCACUGCAGAAGAGGAGGGCGGACGAACCAAAAGCCACCGAUACUGGCCCAAACUGGGUUCCAAGCACAGCUCAGCCACCUAUGGCAAGUUCAAGGUCACCACAAAGUUUCGAACAGAUUCUGGUUGCUAUGCAACCACAGGCUUAAAGGUCAAGCACCUUCUAUCUGGUCAGGAAAGGACGGUAUGGCAUUUGCAAUAUACUGACUGGCCAGAUCACGGUUGCCCAGAAGAUGUCCAAGGAUUUUUGUCCUACUUGGAGGAAAUCCAGUCUGUCCGUCGCCAUACCAACAGCAUGCUGGAAGGCACCCAGAGCCGGCACCCUCCCAUUGUCGUCCACUGCAGUGCCGGGGUUGGGAGGACUGGUGUGGUCAUUCUUUCUGAGCUGAUGAUCUACUGCCUGGAGCACAAUGAAAAGGUGGAAGUACCCAUGAUGCUGAGGCUCCUUAGGGAGCAAAGGAUGUUCAUGAUCCAGACCAUCGCUCAGUACAAGUUUGUCUACCAGGUCCUCAUCCAGUUCCUCCAAAACUCCAGACUCAUUUGAUUGUCGCUCAUGGAGGAGGGACGUCAGCCCUGGGGUAAAGGUGGAGAGGCACCUCCAGACAACACCUGCUCCCCCGGUGGGGGACAGGUAGCUGGCAGCAGGCAGGCCCCGGCUCUCUAAAGAUAGGAGCCAAGAUCAUUUACACACACCAUGUAUUAUUUUGUAUGAGAUAAUUUAUUUUUCUCCCUUUGGAAUAACUUUUGUGAAUUAUUAUAAUGCAGUUUUCGGGCUAAUAUAGUACUUUACAUUUGAACCACAUUUUGACUGAUCUGCAUUGUAAUACGUCAGUAGGGAAGGUUGCCUGGUGGGUGAGUCAUUUGGGGGACAGAGACAUAAGGGAACACAUCUCUAGUGAAGUUGUAGGCAGAUUUGUAACUACCCUAAAAUUAAUCAGCUCAAUUGCUUUAUCUAAAUCAAAGAUGGCAAGAAAUUGAAUUCACCCUGAAAUAUAAAGAAAAGGGCUGUUUCCUGAAGGAAGAAAUACUAUUCUCUUACCUUUAGGGGCUCAUGAGCCUUAAUGGACAGCUAGUUUCCUCUCUUUUCCUGUCUGUCCACAUCCUCAAUAAUCUCUUAUCCACCCUCUCCCCUACCCUACCCUGACUUAAGAUGGCAACAGCUAAAGAAAAAUGUUUAACUCUGAAGGAAUCACCAUGUUUUGGGCUGCAGGAGGAGCGCUGUGCUGUGUUUUUUUUGGCCACCCCUCACUCUGGCCUCCAGAGCUUGUGUAUACCCUCUGGGGACUGUGUCCUGGGUAUUUGCUGCUUCUCCUCACUUGUACCAGUGCCCCAGUCUGGUGGCAUUAAGGCACUGGGUCAGGUCAUCGGGCAGCCAGGCCUCUUGCCUGAUUGAAAGAGGAUAAUGGAACAGUGGGAAGAGAAUGGGGUCAGGCAGGGCCCCAGUAAUUGGGUCUUAUUAAAUAAGACGCAUGUGCUAGACUGGGAGCUGAGGUCUAGAUGCUGAGUGUGUUCCAUCUUUCCAUCAGUCACUCAGUCAUAGGAAAUCCUAUAAAGAAAACAGUUGGAAGAGAUGAUUUGCGUAAGCUGUUUGGCACUUGGGGGCCAAAGUAGGGGGCCCCUGUCCAGAAGCCAUACAAAGUAUGACCCCCUUCUGUGCUGCUGUUUUUAGGUUUCAGCUGGCAGGAAGAGCGACUUCAUCCCCCUCGGGUAAUCCAGAUCUUGGCCCACUGAUGAAAGACGGUAGAAUCUGUCAUUCACAAAGACCUUUGCAUCUUUCCUUUUCUCCAUAUAACCUCCUCUCUGAUCCGUUCUGGUCUUCACUGCCCUCAAUUUGAAGCUCAGUUCUUAGUUUCUUCUUGUGAUUUCAUUGGUCAAUAUCCCUCUGAAUUAUUUUUGUUGUUUUGGAAGCAGGGUCUUCCUCUGUUGCCCAGGCUAGAGUGCAGUGCCAUCUUCUUGCUCACUACAACCUUAAACUCCUGGGUUCAGGUGAUACUUUUGUCUCAGACUCCCAAUUAGCUUGGGCUACAGAUUCAUGCUCUACCACACCCAGCUAAUUUUUUUUUUUUUGUAGGGUUGGGGUCUCACUCUUGCCCAAGCUGGUCUUGAGCUCCUGGCCUCAGGCAGUCUUCCUGCCUCGGUAUCCCAAAGUGCUGGGAUUACAGGCGUGAGCCACUGUGCCCAGCCUGAAUUUCUUAGGUUUUAGUACACAAUAAAUUGUAAUCUGUCCAUUUUCUCUUUCAUUGAAUUUUUGGGAAUUUUCCUUUUUAUCUCAUGUUUUUCUUGAGUACAACUUGGGUAUACAUCUAUUAGUACAUGGUGAUAGGAAGUCACAAAAGCAUGCUCUUCCUGGUUGAUUGGAGGUCCUGCCGCCUUUGUCUUCACAGCUCAGGGAAAAUAAGACAGCCAUGGGAGAAGAUAUUUAGAACACCACAGGGGUCAGUCCUAAGAGCAAAACCACAGUUACGUUUUCCUUUGUACUUCUAUUAGUAGUUCUUCUUGACUACAACUUUUAAACUGUUCUUUCAUUGCUGUCGCCCCUCCACUGAAAAGACAAAGCAUGGCAUCAAAUCAACCAGACAGAGCUCACUUUUGUCACUCCUGUCACCACAUAGUAACAGAUGUGUAUCAGAGUAGAUUCCCCAUUAACUCCUUUAGAAUAUGAAUCAACCUAGUUUCUUUUUUUGUUGUUGUUGACAUAGAGUCUCACUCUGUCACCCUUGGUAGAAUGCUGUGGCGUUAUAGCUCACAGCAACCUCAAAUUCUUGGGCUCAAGCAAUUCUUUUGCCUCCUUAGUAGCUGGGACUACAGACCCAGCUUUUUUGGGUUUUUUUGGUUAGCAGGCCCAGGCCGGGUUUGAACCCACGAGCCUGGAGCAUGUGGCCGGCGCCCUAACCAUUGAGCUAUGGGCGCCCAGCCGAAUCAACCCAGUGUCACAUCUGGCCGGCUAUGGCAGUAGUUCUGCUCUCUAUUUAGACUUCAGCCAAGCUUUAUAGAUGCCGGAAUUUUGGUGUAUGACCUGAACAGAAAACCAUUAGUACAACAUCUCUUUUUGAUGGAACAGAGCCCAUAACCCUUCCUAGGAGAAGCUCAUCAUCAGGCCAAAAGGUGUUUCUUUUCUUUCCUUGGGUCUUUUUUCUCAUCCUUGGGAUAUUCUACUCUUAGGGAUGUUUUAGUGAUUGUUCUCAGUUACUGGUUUAUUGCACAAUGAACAACGUCAGUCUGUAUCUGUCAUCUCUAAACACUGGCGUGGGAACUGUUGAAAUACCUCAUGUGGGCCACAUGUAGAUCUCGUAUCUCUGAGCUCAUCACUCCUGGGCUUCUUUUUAACUCAUCCUCUGUUCCCACUGUUUGCUGUGGGAGUAUUUGUUAAUGCACAAAAUGCGAGGAGGAAGUAAGUUUACUAUCCAGCCUUCUAGCCAAAGUUUUUAUUGAAACCCAAAGGAUAGCAUUUAAAAGUUACUCCACAUGUUUUGUUUUUUUAUAAACAAAUGCUUUUGGUCUUUUAGCACAUUUUGUGUUCUUUUUCACAUCUCCAGUAAAAUUAUCUCCUGUUAAAUUAGCAGCAGCCAUUUAAAGUCCUUUCGGUGGCAUCUGCAUAAUAAUUGCCCAGAGAUGCUUUAUAUCUGGGAAGCAAGCCAAGAAAUAAACCUUGAAGCAAAGUGUAUUAAAUUAGUUACCUAGUUAGAGCUUUUGGAAUGAUUUCCCCGUGAUGUAUCUAGUCUGAAGCUGGAGCUGUCAGCCUCUAUUGCUGCAAUUUGAAUUUGAAGGGAGAAAAUUAAAAAUGGAAGGGAAAAAAGAUACCAUCUCACAACAAAGUUAUGAAAUAUUUUUUGGCCUCUGGUUUUGAAGUUUUCCAGUUGAACUGUUUUGUUUCUUUCAUCUGCACUCACUUGGAUACACUGACCCAUGGUGUUCAUCCUUGUUUACUGUGGUCCCUGGAUCGUGGGGACUGAAUUUAAUAUCUCCAUCCUUGAGAUGAAGCAACCUGCUGGCACAGCUGAGGAGUGUCCUGCUGAGCUUUCUUGGGUCUCCUUCUGUUCUAAGGAGACGCCACCCUACUAAAAGUCUCUGUAACCUUUAUAGGUUGCAUUUACAUGUGGAUACACUUCUUUAGCAGCCUUAAAGAGAGAUGUCAAACAUUCAUAUUUUUUACAUGACAGUAAAGAAGAAUGGGCUUCUCUACUCAGUUGGAGGUGAACCACAAGUUCAGGAAAGAUGGAAUAUUUUUUGAUUAAUAAACUUCUGAGGAGGUUAAAUUGAGAGAAUUUUACUUCUACAAUUUUGUGGUUCUACAUUGAAAAGAAGAACUACUUUUUAAAUUAUAAUUAAACUGUUAUUGUUUAUCAAAGAGUCACUUGGCUUUUUCUGGCCCCUCCCCCUGAAUGGAGGGUCUCUGUAAACUCUGCUGGGCGUGAGUCUUGUGUGACUUACCAUCAGCUAAUACUUGGCCCUUAUUCUACCUUCUCUCAGAUUUUACUUGUCAGUUAUAAACUCUAGUGAGUGCUGACACAAGGGCUCAUGCCUAUAAUCCUAACACUUUGAGAGGCCAAGAGUUUAAGAACAAGCUGAGCCAAGAGUGAGACCCCCCAUCUCUAAAAAAAUAUUUUAAAAAUUAACUGGGUAUGGUAGCACAUGCCUGUAGUCCCAGGUACUUGGGAGGAAGAUGCAGGAUCAUUGAAGAGUUCAAGGUUACAGUGAUGUAUGAUGACAGCACUGCACUCCAGUCUGCUGGGCAGCAUGAUGAAACCCUGUUUACCCUCCUCCCCCCCACCAAAAAAAUAACUCCAACAAAACAAAAAAACUCCAGUGAUAUAUUAGGUCAGCAUUUUAAUCUAGCUGACUACUUUUCUUAUUUUUUCCAGCUUAAUAUAGGUUUACCCAUAUGAAAUUUCCAACAGUUGAUCAUUAGAAGGUUCACAUGGAAGGUGAUAUAUAAUUUCAUACAAUUUGUUUCUUCCCUAAUUUAUUAAUAGUAUGGAUUCCAAUGCUAUAUGUCAUUUCUCCAAAUAAGUGCUAAUGAACAUGGAAGCAUUUGCAGUGGGCAACCUGGUGCCUUGUCAUAGUGACCCUUGCCCUGCUUGGUGAGUGUGCUGUCUUCUGGGGCUUAGAACGAGGUGACAGUGUACUGUUGACUCUCACAGGCUGGGUUGGCCAUCAGGCACAGCACUGCAAGGUUUUCAGCAGCCAUCCUUUUUUUUUUUUUUGAGACAGUCUCACCAUGUUGCUGCCAGUAGAGUGCCCUGAUGUCAUAGGUCACAUCAACCUUCAACUCCUGGGCUAAGCCAUUCUCUUGCCUCAGCCCCUCAAGUAGCUGGGACUAUAGGUACCUGCCACAACACCCAGCUAUUUUUUUUUUGUUGUUGUUGUUGUUACAGUUGUCAUUGCUGUUUUAGCUGGCCUGGGCCGGGUUCGAACCCGCCAGCCUCGGUAUGUGGCUGGCGCCCUACCCACUGAGCUGUGGACGUCGCCCAGCCAUCCUUUCUUGAUGUGCAGUCUGUAUUAGCUGACCUCACCCCUGCUGUAGAACAUGAUGUAUGGGUCCCAAAGGUGUUCUCAGUCAACAAGGUUCUCUACAGUUGGCUCUCUGUAUCCAUGGGUUCCACAUCCACAACUCACUGCAGAUUGAAAAGGUCCAGAAAAAUAAAAUUCUACCAAGUUCCAAGAAACAAAUCAAAUUUGCUACAUGCUGAGUACUACGUUGAAUCCAUGUGCAUGAAGAGAUGUGGAGGCAUUGUUUGAGGUAUUUUAGAUAAUCUAGAGAUGAUUUAAAGUAUAUAGGAGGGUGUGUAAGUUAUAUGUGAAUAAUACACCAUUUUAUAUAAAGGACUUGAGCAUCCAUCCACAGAUUUUGGGUUGGAGGGGGUCCUGGAACCAAUCCCCGAUAGAUAACCAAGGGAAGACUGUAUAACUACUGGUUUUUAUUUGGGGAGAUGUGUCAAUCCUUUGAAGUGAGGCAAGAGAGAGUAUGGAGCUCCUGAGGUGUGUGCCAAAGAGCACAAAUUCAAGGGAUGGGUUGAGUGAGGCCCAUGUUGGUGAUAUAAUCUAUCCAUCAUUCCUCCUCAGUGUUGGGAAUAAUUCUUUUGGGCCCUUAGAGUUAGACAUUUCCAGAAGAACCACAUAAUCACUAUUGGGCUCUCAAGGUGGCCUUUCUUGGAAAUUCGCCUUCCCCAUGUUUUACCAAAGAUUCUACUGAUGCUGCUGUGUUUUAUGUCCUUGCCAGGGGGGUUUAACUCACCAUGCUCUUAUCUAGUGAUUUCUUUUCAUGAACAGAGUAGCAGCUCAUCCAGCAUUGCCUCCAAAGGGAGAAGUUUGUGUCUCCCAUGGAAAGAAACCACACAAAUUUCUUAUUGAUUCUAUGACUUUAUGGGGUACAAACUAGUGGACCCUAUAGAAUAGAAACAGUCCUAGUUGGUUGGCUUUAUAGGAUGAAAAUAAAGCUCUAAGAUGUUAAACUGCAUUUGUCUAUUCCCUUGAACUCUGAGCAAAGAAGCAGAAUGAUUCUUUGCCUAACUCAGCUUCUAAGGCAUUUGGGGGAAAAAGGCCACCUCACUGAUGGCUUCGGAUGAAAGUAAUGGCAACUUGCCUGGGAGAAGUGUGAGGGUGUAUCUAAUCCAAUCCUGCCAACCCAAAUGUGUUGUCAGAAGUCACUGUUCCUCAGGGGGCUCUGAAACUCACCCAGCAGCUUGCCCAGUCAGGACUCACCCCUAUCCUACCUGCUCUCAAGUUUGUGCUCCCAUUAUAACCUCAGAUAGGCAGGCAUGUUAUCCGGCAGACUACCUUUAUUAUUUUUUCAAGUGUACUAUAGCUAUAUAUUUCUCCAGGCUGAAGUAAGAAGCUGUCUAUCAAGAUGGGAAUGAAUCUGGCAUUAAAUAUCAGGCAUCAGUUGGUUUCACAGACUGGAAAAUUUAUUGUUGUUUGGUACAGUAAAGGAGAGGAAGUGUAUCAGUUCCUACUGUUCAGAGCUUUGUUCAGCCUCCCCUUGUUAAAAAUAAAUUCAAGGACGCUGAGUUACACGGCAGGAGCUGCUGGGUGGCCUGAUGGUGACAAGCAUCUGCACAGAAAGUCCUUGCUUCUCCUGCCACGCUUUGGGCCAUCAGGGUCAUUCUUUUUCAAAAGUACUGCAAGCUUGUCCAGAGAGGAGCUAUGAAUGGGGAGAGGGAGAAGAAGGGUUUCUAGAUCAGACCUGAAGUUGCAAUCUAAAUAUUUUUUAAUCACAAAUGAUUUUCUGAACUCUUGAAUGUCUCUCUUACUCCUAUGUCCCUCUCUGUAUCCAACCUCAGAGUGAUGGGAAGUAAAAAGUAGCUCCCGGGGAAAGACUGCUGCAUUGUGGGGAUCUAUUUGACCCUGGCUCAGAGUUGUACACUGUGUCCUCACUGUUGAGGGAAAGCUUGAUGUAUGUCGUAGUUAUGUCGCCUGAUUCUUUUGCUCAAGAGCACCAUCUCCCCUCGCCCUCCCAUUGCAGCAGAGGGUUCUGUCCGUCUGCGUGGCUCCUGGAGUUGGCAACCCAGCUUCUGUGCACCCAGCUUCCUCUUCCUGUCGUCUCAGGGCUGCUGCAGGUGUUCUUACAGCAAGUCAUGGUUAUAACCAGGGCAUAAAAACUAGGAGGAAGGUACAUACAGCGACAUUCCUUGUUUUGUGGUGGGAUAUGGCUGGGCCAUUUUGUAACAUCCUAUCUUCAUUCCAAGAGCAGCUCUUAGGGCUCUGCCGACUUCGCAUGCAUUUUCAUUUGUUCUAUCUCCCAACAGCAUGCUUCUCCAUUUCUUUACCUACCCAGUUAGUGCAACCCCUACCAAAAGAGUUAAAACUAGUCGCAGGGAAUCACUAUCUUAAACUUCUCCAAAAUAUGUAAUUAGGAAAUCUAAUUUUAAUUUUUUAAAAGAUACAUACAUGGUUUUAAGAAAUAAAAUCUGGUGAAUGAAAAUAACCAGAAUGGAAAUAGUUGGCAAACUGUCAGCUGCCAGGACGCUGCAGCCUGGCUGAUACAAACAAUCACUCAGCACAAGAAGAGAUGAAAGAAAAGAUAGUAUUGGUUCUGUUUAAAGUGGUGAUUGCAGGAGUACUCAAUAUUUAUUCCAAGGUGAGCUUCUGUAGAUUCACAGGGGCUGCAUUUGGCAUAAGGAAGUGUCAUCAAGACUAAUCUGUUUCUAGCUUCUUCCCUUCUGCAUAGCCUCUUUAUAGUCUGGCCAUUCUGGGGAAACAGGUAAACCUCAGACCUGGGCUGCCAAGGAACAUUUACAAAUUGUAUUUGAUCCAUUUUUACAUAUCAAGGCAAGGGUAUGAUAAGCUAUCCAGCCAAUCUGCAUCCUUUUUUUUUCAACCCCAACUUCCUCCUUUAGGGAAACACAGAUUCCAUCUUAUCUGAGAAAAGACCAUGCAGGGGUGUCCAACCUGCAGAGCUGCAUGCUGAUUUUGUGAGGACUUUUUUGCUUAUUUCUGGUGUCACCUGUCAUGAAAAAUAUGCCUGGACUAUUUUUUUUUUUUUUUGCUAACUCUCUUUCCUUAGUGUUUGUGCAUUUCAUAUGUGGCCCAAGACAACUUUUACUCUUCUAAUGUGCAACGGGGGGGCGGGGGGGGUGGACACCCUCUAAACUUCAGAGGCUAAAGCUGAAAAGAUUGGGUUGAGAUCUUUUUGUGCCUUGGUGUGGAACCUUUUGCUAGAAUCUCAGGAAUGCUGCUUUGAGUUUAGCUAGGGUGGUCCCCAGAGCCUGGCAUUCUCAGUAUUUCUCGGGGCCUCCCACCUCCCUCAACUGCAGUGUUAGCUAAUAAAUACUUUCAGCAUAGAACUGAAAGCUGUAAAUCAGAGCCAUUUUUUGUUUUGUUUUGUUUUCCACUUGAACAUUGUAAAAUUUUAUUGCAGUUUCCUUUGAACUUUCUUGCCACUGUUUGGAACCUUAAAAAUCCAGUCACUUUAUCCUUUGAAAUACAAAAUUACUCUUCAUUAGAGAUGAUUUCCUGUGUAUGUCUUUUGUUCCUUCAAUAGUCAGCUAACCUGCUUGAAGAUACUUAAAGGUUUACACAUACAGAUGACAAUUCAGUGCAUAGCCUUAUGUAACUUACGUGGCAUCGAAUAACCUGUUAACCUAGUUUGUUUCACUGGACUGUUGUGCUACUUAAUUCAAUAUUUUGAUGCUUUCCUUGGUCAAUGUUUUGUAAGAUGUUGUGAAUUUUAGUGUCAUUCAAAACAAUUGACAUUUUAAUAGAUUUUGUUUUGAAACAAUGUGCAGACAAAUUCCCAACUCAGAAUACCAAUUUGUUCUUGGGUCAGCCCACAGAAGCCAAUUGACUUCCAACAUAACAGAGAUGUAGGGCUAAGUCAGCCAGCUCUGGGGGGCUUUUGUGGGCUGAUCGGAAAAUUUCAUUGCCACCUGUUACGUAGUUCUUGUAAGAAAAGCAUUCCAGGUUGGGACUUGGGGUCCGGAGAACACCAUCUCUUCCUGUGGCGGCCACUUGCCACUUUGCAAAAUGGAAGCCCAGUCUCUUAACUACCAAGCUACAGUUAUAAGGGAGCAGAGGAAUGAGAAGCUUAUAGGACAUUCCCUAAACUGGGGAGUGGCUUUAUCAACUGUAUUUUGGUAUAGACUCCCUAUCAAUUUAAUGAUAUUAAAGCCUUAAAUAAAACUAUGCAUGCUUUUCUAUGUGCUAUUUUUUUUUAUCAGUAAAUAAGCUUAUGCUUCCCAGUUUGAUACACAGUUAUGAGGUGUAUAAAACUGAGUUUGACAGUAUUUUUUGCACUGUUCUCUAUUUUUAUAAAGUCUUAUUUAGAUAUUGGUCUGAGUUGAUAUUCUCACUGCCCUUGUCAUUGCUGUAAAAUGUUUCAAAUGUGCCUUUACAAAUGUGAGAUCUUCACUCUAACCUUUUUUUGUAAAAGAUAUCUAUUGAUUUCCAUAUGCAAUAAACCAUUUUUUUUCCAGAGAAAACAUGUCUUCUAACUCUUUUCUGUACUAUAUUUUUUAGUAGUUUUAAGUCCUUACAAGUGUAUCCCUUAUUCUUAGGAUUAUUUUCAUAGGCAAAAGUGCCCAGGAAAAUCUGCUUUCUUAGUUUUCUGGAACCCAUUUAUUGCCAGGCACUUUUUAGUCCCACAUAACCUGAUUAUACUAAAGUUAAUUUGAAAUUUACAAAAUUGUCAUGGGGCGGUGCCUGUGGCUCAAGGAGUAGGAUGCCAGCCCUAAAGGCCAGAGGUGGUGGAUUCAAACCCGGCCCCGGUGAAAAACUGCAAAAAAAAAAAAAAAAAAAGUCAUGGUUAGAAGAAACCUGAAAAGGGGUCAUCAGUAGGUAACUGGAGUGCAGAAUACACAGAAAUGGGUCUUUUUCACAAAUGCAAUGAUAACCCUCACUAAGCUCCAAGGGCCCCACAUCCCACUGUCAUCUGUUCAGGUACCAAACUUCUUGUUAUGGAAAAGGCAGGUGCCAGGCUGUUAGAGAAAACCUAAUUUUUUUUUUGACUUUUCAACUUUAUAAUAGUUUAUCUUGCCUCUAGAUUUAAAGGUUGCUGCCCUGUCCAGAUUCGCCCCAUAUCUGCCACAGCACAUAUACCAUGAACCCCUCUUAAUAUGAGUGGACACCUCCGUUGUACACCUCUGAUAAUUAGCAGGGAAUCUAACACCUAUAGUCACCCACUCACUACCUCUUUGACUAUUCAAAAGGUCAUUUAACUACCAGAGGUCCCAGCUAGUUUCACAUCCUGAGACUACUAUAAGCUAGUCAGGAGUGAAAAGAGAUGGCAACCAAAUCUCAUUAAACAUAUAAUCCCAUAGGUAUGGUGACUGUGGCAAUAGAACAUUUAUAAUUCUUGAAGGAAAAACUACAUAAUGAUUAAAAAGAUAAUAGAUAAAAUAUGCCAGUAAAACCAGAGGUCAGAUAGAAACACUAAUUUGUUUUCUUUUUCAUGAGCUGAGUAAAUACAUCAUUUAUUUUCUUUGGUUGAUAAAAAAAGUACAGAUCUUAUCAUAUAACUUGAGAUAAAAGAGUAACCACUGGGAGACCUGUUUGUCUCCAGACACUAUUAGCAGGGCUGGGGAAGAAAAUUUUAAGAUUGAAAAUAGAAACACAGAAGAAACUACCCCCUACCUAAAGAUAAAUAUAAGAAACAAUAACAAGGGACAUACAGAUGUACUAUAAAAUGACAAAACCAGGAUCAAAGAUGUCCCUGGUGAUUUUAUAUCUUACUUU